AUCCUUUCCAUGUACAUUUUGAACAGAAGAAGCUCUUGUUACACUUUAAUUUUCAUGAUGCAUAUCUAGUCAAAUCAUUCUAUGAUUUAAAUCCAACUGAAAAACAAAUUCAUCUUGUUCAACAAAUUUGGCAAACAAAAUUAAAUUCAUGUGAACGACUUCUCCGUGAAAAAACGAAAACAAUUUUUCCUGAUAACAAUCCAAUAGUCAACAUGAAUCUAUUGUCCAUCGAUGAUUUUGUUCCUGUCAUGUUUGCCAUUAUUGAAGCACGUCUCGUCACUAUCGAACAACGUACACAAGUCAUUAUGGAAUUUAUCAACACUUCUUCUCAAUAA